CAGCUUUUAAUCAUUCAUUCCACCCUUUGAGAACCUUUGUAAGUGCAGGUCUGUUAACACAUUAGCCUGAGUGGAGAAGGGAAUGCAGUGGCUGCAGCUCAGUGAAGUGACAAGAGCGAGGCAGAGAGACACCGGUGGAUUACACAGUUAGGACUAACAGAUCUUUACAACUGUCCAGCUGACGAUGGCAGCAGCAGCAACAGCAUCAGGGUCCAGCCCACUCUCCAUACAUGUGCUGAACACAGGAGGUGGAAUUCCAGCAAUCAAGAUGGACGUGAGUCUGCAUCGACUCAGCUCUGAACUGAUUAUCUGGAACAUGCUGGGUGUAGGAUUAACAGAUGAAAAUGGUUGCUGCUUAGGAAUGAUCAACCGAGAAGAUUUCACCCCAGGCAUGUACAAGGUGCGCUUUGAGACUAGUUCAUACUGGGAAAGUCUGUGCCUGACCUCCAUCCACCCGUACAUCGAGGUUGUUUUCACCAUCAGACGCCCUGAACAGAGGUUACACUUGAAUCUGCUCAUAAGCGGGACUUCUUACUAUACCUACAUUGAAAGCUGAGGUCAUGAAUCUGAAUAAACAAUAUUAAUAUAACAGCA